CUGUUGAGAAAACACUGGAAUUAGUCUUUUUCCCUAGGAAGGAUAGCCGUUUCUCGACAAGCCAACAAUGGCUUCUACAAGUCUGGAUAUGAGCUUUCUUGGGAAUUUCGAGAACUGGAGUUUCAGGCCUGGUACAAGACUAAGACCUUGCAUUUCCCAAGAAAGGAAUGGCAUAUUUCUCGGGAAAAACAAGAACUAUACAAGCUCUGUAGGAUAUAAUGGAGUUCCUUUAACAGAAAUUUCUUGUGUUCCAAGUGCUGCUGUCAGUCCCAAUGAACUUCCUCCACUUGUUAGUGCUUUAAAAGCUUCAGCUGAAGAAAAUGCUGCAAGUUUUCAUUUUCCUGGCCAUAACAGAGGACAAGCAGCACCAUCGUCGUUAACUCAGCUCAUUGGUGCAAAACCGUUUCUUCAUGAUUUGCCUGAGCUUCCGAAGCUUGACAAUCUGUUUUCACCAGAAGGUCCCAUUUUCGAAGCACAAAAACUAGCUGCAAAACUUUUUGGAGCAUCGGAAACAUGGUUCCUUGUUGGAGGUAGUACAUGUGGAAUUCACGCGGCCAUUCUGGCGACUUGUUCACCUGGAGAUACUCUUAUUCUCCCACGGAAUUCUCAUAUCUCAGCCAUAUCUUCCAUGGUAUUGUCUGGUGCACUCCCAAAGUACAUUGUCCCUGAAUAUGAUUUCAAAUGGGAUGUUGCUGGUGGCAUUACUCCAUCACAGGUGAAUGAUGCAAUCAAAGAGCUAGAAAUGGAGGGCCGAAAAGCAGCAGCCCUUUUGGUUGUCUCCCCUACCUAUCAUGGUAUAUGCAGCAACAUGGAUGAAAUUUGUCAUAUUUGUCAUUCGUAUAAUAUCCCUGUGAUUGUCGAUGAGGCUCAUGGGGCCCAUUUAGGAUUUCAUCCAGAGCUGCCUAGCUCAUCCCUCAGCCAGGGAGCUGAUCUUGCUGUACAGUCUACUCACAAAGUUUUGUGUGCACUUACACAAUCUUCUAUGUUGCACAUGCAAGGAAAUCUUGUAGAUAGAGAAAGAAUCAGCAAAAGCCUACAAAUGCUUCAAAGUAGUAGCCCUAGUUAUCUGCUUUUAGCAUCUCUGGAUGCCACCAGGGCCCAACUAAGUGAAAAUAGAGAGGCUAUUUUUGACAAAGCAAUAGACUUGGCUCUGGAAGCAAGAAGCCUGAUUAGUAAAAUUCCUGGAAUCUCAAUCCUUGAGUUUCCAAGUUUCUCUAGUUUUUUUCAUAUCGACCCAUUGCGACUCACUGUUGGUGUAUGGCAGUUAGGUCUUUCAGGUUUUGAAGCAGAUGAUAUAUUGUGCAAUGAUUUUGGUGUUGUUUGUGAACUUGUUGGGACCAAAUCUUUUACUUUGGCAUUUAACUUGGGGACUCAAAGAGAUCAUGUCCUUCGGCUUGUAGCUGGUCUUAAGCAUCUAUCACGAACUUCUCAGUUUCCUCAACCUGUGAAAGAUGAAGGAAAAAAUUUAAAUCAUUUUGUAUGCCUUGAUGAUAUUAGGAUAAGCAUGAGCCCUAGAGAGGCCUUCUUUGCUACAAAACGUAAAGUCAGCAUAAAAGAUAGCCUCGGCGAAAUUUGUGGAGAGCUUGUAUGUCCUUAUCCACCUGGUAUUCCAGUGCUAAUUCCUGGUGAGAUCAUCACAGCAGAAGGAUUGAAUUAUCUCCUGGAGAUCAGAAGCGGGGGAGCUGUUAUUACUGGAGCAGCUGAUUACACCCUAUCAUCUUUUGUUGUAUGUGUUACCUAAGCAUUCUUCCGGCACCUUUAGUAAGUAGUGGAAGGACAAAUGCGAGUGACUUUGGUGUUAGACCACCCUGCAUUUGGCAUUUGAGAUCUUAGCCUUUCCUACAUUGCAGGCAGUUGUUUUGGUUAAAGAUUGGGUUCAAAAGCAACUUCUUUCAGAGAUUUCAAUGGAAAUUGUCCUGAGUCUAUUAAAGGAAACUGGUAACUCAAAGGCACCUCAAUGAGACUAUUAUGUUGGACAUGGCUACUCUAGGUUUGGCUUUUCAUGAAAGCAAAGGCAUUCACGUUGUAUCUAUUAAUGCUCGUCUCAACAUUGAUAGCUGGGGGUUCCACAUUCUUCGUUUCCUCAUUCUAAGUAUAACUGUGGUCAAAGGAAGGUGGACAUAUUUCUCUAUCAGCAAAGCAAGAGCUAGGGGACUAUAGUAGCAAGGGGCAACAAGAUGAUCCCCUUCAAACUGGACAAAAGCCAUACAAGCAGGUGAAGCAAGAGAAAUGCCGGCAAGCUAUUACUCAUUAGAUGGUAUUUCCAAUUGACACUCUAGUUCAUCUAAAACCAACAUGGUCUUUAGUAUAUGCUCUUCCUCUUUUUGGGGACUGCAGUUAGUUAUUUCGCUUCUAUGUUGAGUUAAUAAACCUUCUAAUUAUUUGGGGUGGCUGUUGAAUUGUUUUGGAGAAGUGGUGGAAUAGUGAGAAUAUGCAACAAGGGUUACAAGGCA